CAUCCUCCUCUCCUCUCUAAUGACAAGCUCUCAUCUCCCCUCUCUCUCUCACUCCUUCCCUCUCCCCCUCUCUCUCUCUCUCUGCAACUCCUCUGAAACAACCCUCAUCCUCCAGGAUUCUCCCUCUUCGCGUCCCUCAUUCUUAUUUUUUCCGUUGAACCUUUUUUCCCUCCCGUUUACUUUCUCAACCCACUUCAACCCUUAACACCUCCAGAGAUGUGAGCAGAUAAUGAGGACCCCCUGCUACUGGUGACUUGGAUCCUCCUCGCUUCAGAGAACCGAACAUCCUCAUCUUUUGCGCUCAUUUUUUCUCUGCUUUUUUUCCAUUUCUUUUUCCUUUUUUUUUUUUCCUGGACGUUCAUCUGCCUCCCAACAAUAUAGAUGGUGCUGUCAGUUCCGCGAUGAAGAUGCCAACUACUUGCCCUGUUUUCCCUCCUCGUUUGUGUCUUUGCCUUUCCUGCUGGGAGGUGGGAAUGAAUAAUCUGCGUGAAGGCAAAGUUUGAGGGCGCCUCUCCGGGUCUCCCCCCCGCAGGCUCACCUGUCCACCUGCCCCCCCCUGUUUUGAACCGACAAGGAAGAAUAUCGACACCAGAACAACAGAUGACAAACUUUUGAGACAGCUGAUUUGCUCUGGUGCUCGUUUCUUUUGUAUUCAUUCAUUUAUUUUUGUAUUUUUGUAUUUUUUUGGUGGGAUUUGGUUGCGUUCUUGGAUGAAUUGAAUGUGCGCCACGGUGACGGAUACGGCUUAAAUGAUGCUCGCGUUGACAGCUGGAGCAAGGUCCGUAACUUAAAGUGUUUUUCUCUGAACCAGAAUUCGCCGACUUUGGUGGAAACCCGUCCAAAUGGGAGGGGAUCUGGAGGACUAAGUCGGAUUCGGCAGUCGGGAAAAAAAAUGUGGAUAAAACGGAGUGUUGCGCGCAGUUCAUCUGCUUUGAGGCCAGCCAGCUGUGUGGGGCACUGGGUGUGGAUCCUGUUGGCCAUGACUCACCUCACCCUGGACUUCUCGUUGUGCAGCCCUCUCAGUCAGGGACUGGGAAUCAAACUCAUGCCUAAAUCGGUGCCUCGGUCCCGGCCUCGCUUGCAGCCUCUCUGGGAUAUGCCCAACAAGCUUCACUGGAGAACAGUAAGCCCGUUAGCGCGCCGCCUUCUCAACCCUGUUCCUCCACCCCAAGACAGCAGGGCAGGGAUUUGGCCAAAAGUUAAAAUUCAAAAGCAUCGAAAGCUUAAAGGACAAAUGGUGUGCAAGGAGUGCCGGUUGAAAUAUUCUCAAACAGAGACAGGUGAUGCCUUGGCUGGAAUAGCAGAAGAUUCAGUGGUUUUAUCAAGUGGGAAAGUGUUAAUUAGGGCCAGGAGGCAGCUCAAAUGGGACCAUGACAAGUCUCAGGAGGGCCGGACUACCACGGUGGCUGGAUUUAUUGACUGGGGCCCCACGGGGAAUGAUAGUAUUUAUGAAGAAGGAAAAGUUGAACACAAUGUGACACUGUCCACCAGGGCCUCAUCUACCGCAGUGGCAACAACCACUAGCACUACUCCAAGGCUUUCCCAAAGGACGUUCACUGUAGUGAGCACAACAACGUCCAAGAGCACCACUAAGUCCACAAAGAGUAAAACAGAAGCUGCCAAACCACCAAAGCCAUACGGGGACACACAAGGUUUGGCAGUUCACCAGAUUAUCACAAUCACUGUGUCUCUCAUCAUGGUUAUUGCAGCCUUGAUCACAACACUUGUCCUUAAAAACUGCUGUGCACAGUCUGGAAAUGGCCGCCACAAUAGCCAUCAGAGAAAGAUCCACCAGCAAGAGGAAAGCUGCCAAAACCUGACAGACUUCACCCCGGCCCGAGUGCCGAGCAAGGUGGACAUCUUCACUGCCUACAACGACAGCCUGCAGUGCUCGCACGAGUGCGUCCGGACUGCCGUGCCCAUCUACACCGAUGAGAUGAUCCAGCAGACACCUGUCUUCAAGACUUCUUACAACGGAAACAGGCCUUCUCCCACUGAAAGACAACUGAUACCCGUGGCCUUUGUGUCGGAGAAAUGGUUCGAAAUCUCUUGUUGACGAGCUGAAAGGCUUUCUUCAUCUUCUGUGGGAAUAACAUCCCGAAUUCACGCUCUGGAUCCUGUUGGAAACAAGAAACACAGAAAACAGCUUAUUUUGUAAAAUAGUGUAAUCACUUCUCGGACACUGGUGAAGAUAUUUAUUUUUUUAUAGACAUCAAGAAGGGCAGCCGAAAUGUGCUGCCUCGUUUUCUUUCCAGAAAUCUACAUUCAUUUAGAUAUAGAGUAUAUAUAGAUAUAUUUACAGGAUGUAUGGAACUAGACUGUGGACAUCACGGAUGUCAGAAGGAAAACGUUGGAGAAUUGGGGAAAAAAAAGAAGAAGAAGAAGAAGCCCAAGGAGCUGCUUUGGGUGGAAGAUGAACUGUAUAAUGUGCCAAUAAUGCCACUAUGUGCCACAACCUGGUUAGAUGGAAAUUUUACAAUACAUGAAGGACUAAACAAAGAGAGUUAUAUUAACCCUGUAUCAACUCCAGUUAUGUUUUUUCCUUUAUUUUUUAACAAAAUGUAAAAAUACUAUAAAUGUAUUUGAAAAUGUUUUCAAAUAGUUUUAAGAAAUGUGUUACAAGAGAAUCUAAAACAUAUUUAUAUAAAUCAUUAUUCUAUGAGAUUUGGAAGAGAGGCAAUGGAAACAGAGGUGAUUUAUGCUUUAUUUGACAGAAGAAAAAAAAUUCUAUCAGUCCCAUUUUAAAAUCAGAAUAGUUUGUCUAUUUUUGUACACUUAAGAGCCUGCCACAGUCCUAACAGUGGAAGUCAGGAUUACUGGAGACCACUGUUUAAAUAGUUUGAAUAUGAGCCCCUAACUAAGAUAACAACACAAAAAAACAACACCACAAUGCAAAUCAAUUCAUUGCCUACAUCAACUGCUUAUUGUGUGAGGUCUGUGUGUGAUUUGGGUUAUCGGAAAGCAUACAAAAGUUUUGUGUGGUUGUGGUGCAUGCUUUAACAAAUUGCACAGCAGAGAAAUCAUACAAAAUUGGAAUCAAGACAACCACAGCGUACUGAAGAGAGAUUGACAGGAUUCAAACUGGUUUUUGGUAUGUCAAUUAAAAACAAUACAUCGUACAUAUAUUACCUGAGAAAGCAGCUGUUUUAGACAAAAUUCUCACACUCAGUUAUGAGUUACGUUUUCUGGAAGAAAGAACAUGAAAUAACAGAAAAACAGGUUGUGAGGAAGUCCCAACGUGGUGUCCCUCAAGACCCAAAUGAUCUGCAUGAUGUUCGUUUUAUUUCUUCUUUUUUUUUUUUUAAAGGGACUAAGUUGGAAGGAAUUCUCUUUUUGGAUGUGAUGUGAAGGUCAGCUCUCUCCAAACGCUGGUUCACUUAAAUAUUUGAGAAGAAUAUUUCCACCAUAUUAGAUAUUCAGCUGUCACAGCUGGGAUGAUGGGAAUGUGGACAGAUUGUUUUAAUUUGUGCUGAAGGAAGGUGGGCAAAAUUUAUUCGAGAUCUGACACUUCCUCUCGGUUUAGAUACGGUAAAGUAUCAAGACCAGCCAAUUACCCGCUACUAAAUUAGCUUAAACUGUCUCUGAAGUCGAGUUUGGCUACUGUAUCUCAGUGAUUGAGAAGGAUAGAAAUGUCCAAUUAAUUUUAUUAUUAUUAAUCGUCAGGCUUCAGUUACCUUUGUGCUAUGAAGCUUUUGUAGACGUUGUCUAAUAAUCUACCUUUUAGUGUGCUGUAGAUUUGUACAAAGCACAAAUACAAUUCUGUAAUUGUAAACAUUUCUGGCUGCUAACAGCAAUAUGUACAGAUUUAAACUAUGGGUCCACUGGAUGUUUACAAUUACUUUCCUGUAAUUUACUGAUGUGGUUUCUAGACUCAGUUCCUAAAAAGGGAACCAAAGAUAACAGGUUGUCCCAGUAUGUCCAGUUUAGUUGUUUUCACACAUGAACUCCGGAGAUGUUCAAGGAAACGUGUGGACAGUUUGAUCCAGAUUUUUUGUUUUCCCUACGAAAGCCGUUCACACAGGCAUUUUACAGUGGAGGAGAUUUCCUCUGGAGAUUUGCUCUCACAGAGAGGAAUGUGACAGAAGGAAAGUGGGGAAGUAUCUCACUAGACCACUCGACUGCACAUAAUAAAUAAAGUAUUGUAUCAAGUCAUUAAAAAACAUUGAAAAGUAACUAUUAGCACUGCACAGGCAAGCUCUUUCGAUCACUUACUGUAAAUUCUCCAGACGAUUUGUUUUUACUUCUCUUCUGGGGAUUUUUUUCUGCUGCUAAAACAACAAAAAACAAAACAAAUUAAAAAAAAUCUAAAAAGUUCAGAUCAAAAAUGGCUAAUUGAGUUUUACAACAUAAGCGCAUCAGUGCAUGUGUGAAAACGACGUUUGUGUAAACGUGAGCCAUUUUUGUUACAAAGAUGGUUUGGGGUAAACACUGUAAAACCUCUGCUUUGGCCCAUUCACACCAUAAAAACCACUCAUGAAUGACC